UCUUGGCGUAAUGGUUAUAGUGUUUGCUUGACGAGUCCGGAUCAGGGCUACCCACCGAAUUCGCUACGGUACAUUACAGGCAGUAAAAACUAAGGACAUGAAAGUAACCCACCGUGCGUUUCUGAUUAUUUCCUCACCACGCGCACAGAGAGUGGGAACCUUGAACGAAUAGACUAGAUAGCAGACACCGACAGGGGAGGCGGAACUUAAAACAAGCCAUACAGCUCAGCUAUAGUCCAUUUACAAAUGCGGUUCAUCUCUCAAUGAACAUUUUUCUUUUACUACAAACUACAUGAGAUAAUUGAGUGCGCGUUAUUAUCUUAGAGAUAAAAAAGAGAAGAGACCGAGGAGUCAAGAAAAGAAGAGGACAGCGUUGAGAGUAAAGAGUUGUAAAAUAUAUAAUUAAACGCGGAAUUAAUUCACAGCGUGGCACUCGACUCAACUGAUACCGGAGGGAGCAGACUGAGAGGACCACACGCAGUGUAUCAUAACUGCUGCUUAGAGCAUGGAGCCAGACCAAUCAGAGAUGAGCAUCUUGGGACAAUCGCCCAAUGGGAAAGGUCACGACCUAGAAGAUGACGCAUAUGUGUCCAUGAAGACCAUGGCAGAGGAAUUAGACACAAAUGGUACUCAAAACGUCAGGUUUGAUGAUCCUGAUGCCAUCCUGGAGAAUGAGGAGUUUCUGCCCAACGGAGAUGGGAGGAAGCCCAUGCGCUUCGCAGAUUUUGAGGGAAAGACGUCUUUCGGCAUGUCUGUGUUCAACCUGGGGAAUGCUAUCAUGGGCAGUGGAAUCCUGGGACUGGCUUAUGCCAUGGCCAACACUGGCAUCCUCCUCUUCCUGUUUCUUCUGACUGCUGUGGCGGCUCUGUCCUCCUACUCCAUUCACCUGCUGCUCAAAUCCUCUGGCAUUGUGGGAAUCCGAGCUUAUGAACAACUAGGCUAUAGAGCCUUUGGCACCACAGGCAAGAUGGCCGCCGGUAUCGCCAUCACACUACAGAACAUUGGAGCCAUGUCCAGCUACCUGUACAUCGUCAAGUCUGAGUUCCCAUUGGUCAUCCAGGCCUUCAGUAGGGCAGACCCCACGGCUGAUUUGUGGUACCUGAAUGGGAACUACCUGGUGAUCAUGGUCUCCAUUAGCGUGAUCCUUCCUUUGGCCCUGAUGAAGCAGCUGGGCUACCUGGGCUAUACCAGUGGUUUCUCCCUUAGCUGCAUGGUCUUCUUCCUCAGUGCGGUGAUCUAUAAGAAGUUCCAGAUCCCCUGUCCGUUUGAGGAGUUCUCUGCAGCCAAUCACACGGUCUCUCACCUGGACAUCCACCUGAACGUCACUGAUAACCACGCUCUCCAUGAUAAUGGUCUGUUGCACGAGGUGGAUGACUCCCACUGUGGUGCAAAAAUGUUCACCAUGAACUCUCAGACAGCAUACACCAUCCCGAUCCUGGCCUUUGCCUUUGUGUGCCAUCCUGAGGUUCUGCCUAUCUACACUGAGCUCCGCAACCCUUCUCAGAGGAGGAUGCAACAUGUCUCCAACCUCUCCAUCCUGGUGAUGUACACCAUGUACUUCCUGGCUGCUCUCUUCGGCUACCUGACCUUUUACGGUAAGACUGAGCCAGAGCUGCUACACACAUACAGCAGAAUCGACCCUUAUGACACGCUCAUCCUGUGCGUGCGAUUGGCUGUCCUCACCGCUGUCACACUGACUGUCCCCAUCGUGCUCUUCCCAGUGCGCAGUGCCUUGAACCAGAUGUUUUUCUCCAGUAAAUCAUUUAACUGGCUUCGUCAUGUGGCCAUCGCCAUCACUCUGCUCUCCUUAAUCAACAUUCUGGUCAUCUUCGCCCCCAACAUCCUGGGAAUCUUCGGCAUCAUCGGUGCCACAUCUGCCCCCUGUCUCAUCUUUAUCUUCCCUGCCGUCUUCUACAUCCGCAUUGUGCCUAAAGAGCAGGAACCUAUGUUUUCCACCCCCAAGAUACUGGCUGCCUGUUUCGCUGGUCUGGGCGUCGCCUUCAUGACCAUGAGUUUGAGCUUCAUCAUCAUUGAUUGGACAACAGGGAGCAGCAACUCUGGCGGUGGUCACUAGAGGCCGUCCUCUGCUCUUCACAUGCCGGGGUCAUCUGGGGGUUGGCAGAGGCUUUAAGGGGAUGCCUAGGUGUGUGUUUAGAACUGUUUUCAUGUAAUUGAUGCACUAUCCCCUCCGUGGUAGAGCAAAGGUCAAAGGCUUCAGUGAGGUUGGGGGUAGGGAGGGGGAGACAUAAUCAACCCGCUGGGAAAAACCAUGCUGAACAUUUCAGUCCUCUUGAGACUAAAGACUCGGACAAAACAGUCUGUACUAUUGUAAAGCAGUAGAGAACUUAUUUGAACAAAAGGUUUCAUAAUCACUGUAUGUAGGCCAUCACAGAGGAGUACUUUUACAUGAAUCAUCAGGACUAAACAGGGUCUUUUUUUAAAAUCAUGCUGAUUAUUAUUAUUUAUCAGUGGGAUAGUGCAUCCAAGUCAAUGGAAAAUCCAGAAGAAAGAAACUCAUGCUGGUUCCACCUUCUUCACUCCCUCCUUCCUUCCCUCCAUCCUUCUCUUUCCAUCCACCUGUUUCUUUCUCCCUGACCACUGUAUUCAUGUGAACUGCAGCUACAUGUACUGUAGUACUGUACAUAUGUAGAUAUGGUGGAAUCUAUAUGUAAAGAAGACAAAGGAAGCACAUGACUACAUGAUAGGGAAGUGACUCUACAUUAUGCGUCAUAUGGUAUUUUUGUACUAUAGAAGAAAUGGUUACAUCUAUAGGUUAGGUAAGUGCUGUAAAACAUACAGUCUGUGGUUCUCUUGGUAUUCCUGUCAAUCACUUUCUGCCAUCAGCACGUACUUUAACCAUCAAAGUUUACCACGCUUUUCCAAAUAUUCUAUUUGUGCGGGCAUACACAGAUAAAGUAUAUGUUCACAUAUAGGAGUGCCAUUAGCCUGUGUUGUUUUAUCUGCCAAAGCUAAGGGUGCAUGUGGUUGUUGGGCUUAGUUCAAGAAUAUGUCCCAUGAUGCAUUAUGUUAUUGAACUCUUCCUGUGUGCCUGGUACCUACAGUACACUCAGAUGAUGGAAGAAUGACUCAACCAACCACACAAAUAGCCUAUACAGUGAAAUAGUAAUCUCUAUUUAUUUUACUAGAUGUAUCCAUGUUUUUUAAUUUCACAAGGUGUGCUAAUGGACUCCGAACAGAGUAUUUAACUAUAUGAUCAGGUAUUUUGAUAGACUUUAUAGAUGGUAUGUACAGUCCGUAGUGUAUUGUAUGAUAUUGCAUAUUGGAGGGUUUAGAUGACCGUUGAAAGUGUAGGAGGCAUCUCGAGGGCAAUGAACUGAUUAAGAAGAAAAAGAUAAACAGCCUUUUACAUUCAUGUUAGUUAGAUGAUCAACUGACAUCCUAGAUACAGUAUUGACAGAUUUUUAUGAUCAAUUGUGCUUUUAUCAAUUUAAGAUGAAUGACUUAAACUGACCUUUUUAACACUAAUAGCACAUAUUCAAUUAAUACUUACAUUUCUACAAUGAAUUUGUAAACCCUUGUCUAAAUUCAGAACAGUUCAACUGUGACCUUUCAGUUACAACUGGGGUUUGGCUUACUGUUUUUGGCAUGACGAAAUAUGGAGGAAAGUGUUUUGGUUAUGUGGUUAUGUUGUAUUGUAUAUUAACAUCUCUUUUCUACUUGUUUUGUGAUUGGUGGUUGAAGUUUUAGUGGAGGAAGCAAGAGUGUCACCUGUCUGUUGAUUGGCUGAUUUAUUAAUUGAUUAAUUUAACACACUAAAUGAACUACUGUGAUAUUCCAGGCAUAGUAUGCUGAUAUCAGGACUCUAUUUCCAAAACGUGUGGCUAUAUGGCUGUAUCUCCUAAUGUAUCUGGUUUCUAAACGUAAGGUCUUGUGAUUAAGUACAGUUUUUAAAGCGUUGAUGAUGAAGUGAACUGAGAUUGUUAGAUUUUAAUGUGAUUCAAAACCCCUUCUUUAGGCUUCUCAAUUUCAUAACGCAGCAUUUGAUACAUGAUUUUCAAAACAACACUGUGACAUCUGUUCUCUCAAAAAACUGGGAUAGCAUUGUAAUAACAUUGUAAUAACACUAACUUUGUUAGUGGUGUUUUCUCAUCUCAAACGUAUAAUUUGCCAAGUCCUACAUAUGUAAGACAAUUGCUAUUUUAUAUUUCAUUAUUCUUAUACACUGCUUCUGAUGUUGCUUUGUCUUUGUGCACAAUAAUUGAUUUUAAUUUUUGAAUCAAGAGAAUAUUGUUGAGCGGUCUUUCUUUUACUCAACGGCUAAAAAGUUAAUGCAUGUAUCUGCCUCAAACCCAUAUUUCUCCUGGUCUUGCUGAGGCAGUGGUUGUGGUAUAAAGGAGGCAACACCUUGCCAUAGAUCAAGAACAGGCAACUCAACAGUCUGCUGGUUGUCUCUGCUCCCUGGUACUUCAUUGAUCCAUAACGAUCAUUGGGUUCUCAGGUCUCUAUCAGUCGCUGAGUUGAAUGAAUAAUACAACAAUAACCAGUGGACACUAUGGUCCAGCCCGUCCCUGCCAUAUAUUAUAGUGUAAUACCUUAAUCCUUAGGCCUCUUCUGUCUGGGAAUGUGCCUAUAGUAUCUAGCUACUACCAACUGUUUCUCUCUGAGAGCCCUUGCGCUUCAACUUUCGAGCUUUGCUAUCACUGUUAGAACGUCUGGGGCAACAUUUUCAAAAUGUUCUCUUGUACCCAACCCAAACUAUGCAAGCCAGUUAACAUGUUGUUAUAGCUCUUGUUUUAACUUUGCAAUUUAUUUCUGAGGAAAUGACAGCACUAUGCGUGAAUAACAAGUUAUGUAUGAACUUUGGGCUUAUAUAAAUAAUGUAUAUAAAUGUAAACCCUUUAUAUUUCUGAUGCAUAUCUAGCUUUUAUAGUGUAAAUAGCAGGGACAGUUUCAGUCUGACAAUAAAACAAAUGUAAAAGUUUUUA